UAAAACAUUCAAAUUCGACUAUUGUGGUCAUAAUUUCUAGAAAAGACUGGUUAUGCAAAUAUUUUUUUCCUAUCUUUGGUGGUAUAGAGUUUGAAUCUUUAGUUAGGGGAAAGGAAGUUUGCUAAUUUUUAUUAAAGGAGAAACGGGUUGAUUGGGUGUACCUGAAGCAACCAUCUAUAUUUCUCUGCUCUCAUAAUUCAAAACACUUUUGCAUUCAAAUGAUUUUGAUCUCCCUUUGGAACUCUUAAUAAACAAAGCCACUUCCUUCCUUUUUCCUGUCUUAAACGCAGAGAGCAAGAGCUAUUGCAUUCACCAACAUCCGCCGUGCCUCUACUCUUUCGGUUCUCUUUGUUUCAUGGCUUCUCGUUUUCUCUCCUACAUGGAACCCUAUGGCUGCUCCGAUGGAGUUAGUUCUGUGGGAUUUCGUCUCGUCCGCCGUUCGUUACUCUGCUCACCACCGCCCCUUUCGCUGCGCCACGUCUCGAGGUCACGCCUUCGGUGCCGCCUCUACUGCUCACCCAUUCGUCACCGCAUCCUCUGUUCAACCCUCCGUCGCUGUGUCUUCUCUUGGAGCGUGUAAAUUCGCCGAAGCUUCUCAACUCGAAGGAGGGCAAACCGGAUCUGAUCCUUCUCACCUCCUCGAUUAUGUGCUUCACCCACGAGAUCUGUUGCCGUCUACGCCGCCGCCUCCUGAACUACAGAAACUCGGAUCUGAGACUGUCUCUCCGCCGCUGCCGCCUCUCCUACGCCCCCCUUUUUACAUCUCGGUUUCCACUGCUCCUCCACCGUGGGUUUCAAAAGGUGAACUGUCACCUAAGCCUAUCCAACAAACUGGGCCCUUUGACUUCAUCACUUUUAUGUUUAGUUGCAUCGUAAUGUUUUCUAGUUUCAUUCUAUCGGGAUCUUCUGCUUCAGUUGUUAACUUUCAUGUUGUUUGAACUUUUUUAAUAUAAGUUGGUGUUACAAAAAAAAACGCAGACAGCAAGGAUAAAAUAGUUGAUGAAUUUGUGUUUAUUCCGUUGCUAUUGGUCUGUGUAUUAUACA